AUGGAUGAUACAUUUACAGAUAAUCUUUUUUCUUUAAAAAAUGAAGAAUUCUAUACAUUUAUUCAACAAUUAGUUGGACAACAAAUAGUAGAUGUCUUGAAAUUUCAAUCAAUAACAUCUACACAAUCUUUAAUUCGAAAUCCAGAUAUAUUUGAAAUAUUUAAUAUGAAAUGUUCAGAGCCUAGUUUCUUAUUAAUUAGAGAAAAAUCAUGUUUGCAGCUCGAUGAUGGUCAAUUUAUUGUAAAAAUUGGAUUAAUAAAUAAUAUAAAUUAUUUACUUGAUUUCUUAAAACAACGGCAACAAAAAAAAAUAAUAGAAGGUAGUUAUGCUGAUGCAAAUCCUAGUUUAUCUUUUGAUUUUAUUAACAAACAUCCAUUGUUAAAGAACUUGGUUCUUUAUUAUCAACGAAUUGAUAAUGAUAAUAAUAAUAAUGAAGAUAAAUAUUGUUUUUUAAAAGAGUUUAUUGAUACAAUAACUAGCAAUUUAACAAAGUCUGGGACUGGUUUUCGAUAUAGCGACCAAAUCAAGAACUUUGCUUUAUCAUUAUAUAUACUAGGUGGAAAAUUAACAUAUGAAUUCAUUCGAUUAAAUUUGCCAGGCUCUCUACCGAAUUUAACUAUGUUAAAUAAAUUAAUUUCCAAGUCAGAUUCAAAAAUUAAUGAAGGAGAAUUACGAUUUGAUCAACUUCAAAAACAUUUUGAUCAACUUAAUAUUCAAUAUGCAUUCGGCUCUGAAGAUGCUACCGGUAUAAUUAAAAAAAUAAAAUAUGACUCAACAACAAAUACAUUCAAUGGGUUUUCUACACCACUUGAUUGUGGAGUACCGAUUAAAGAAUAUUAUCAAACUGAUUCAUUUGAUACAUUGAGAAUCUGGUUUAAUUCAAUUGAAAAAGCAUCAUUACUCAAUGUACAUAUGGUUCAGCCUAUUCCAGCUUCAAAUCAAAGUAUUAUUCCAAGUCCUUUUCUACUAUCAGCAUAUGGAAUUGAUAAUACCGCUACAGCAAAUGAUAUAUUACAAAGAUGGUGGUAUAUAUUCAACCAGUGUUUACAAAGAAAUAUAAGAAUUAUUGGUUUUUCUACUGAUGCUGAUGCUAAAUAUGUACGCGCUAUGAGAUUAAUGAGUGGUUUUUUCGGAUCUCUCCCUAAUUUUCAAGUUCAUCGACAUCCACAAGCUUUUGAAAUAAAAACAACAUCACAUUGGCCUUGGUUUUAUUUACGUGAACAACAGGUUUUAUUAUUUUUUCAAGACGCAACACAUUUGGUAACCAAAUGGCGUAAUCGUUUAUUAUCACCAACAGCCGAAUUACACCUUGGUAAUCAAUUUAUAUCGAUUAACCAUUUACAUGAUAUUAUCAAUAGUGACAUUUAUACUAAACUUGAUCAUGGAUUAACAAAAUCUGACAUUAAUCCUAAGGAUCGUCAAAACUUUAGUUCCUGUUUAAAAUUAACAUCUACUGAUCUAUUCAAAAUUUUAAAUGAUAAUGUUAAUACUCGAGGAACAUUAAUUUACCUUCAGAUGUUAAAAAUGAUUGUAGUGGCCUAUGUUGAGAAAAAAACAACUAUUGCUGAACUUUUACUUGUCAAACAAAAACAACUACCACCACAUGUACUGUGUAUUCAUGCUUUUAGUUCACAAGCCUGUGAAUCAAUUUUUAGAAACACGCGAGCAUUAAGUGGAAUUUACUCAACUAUAGUUAAUUUUACAGUAUAUGAUUUUUUACGACGUGCCCAAAGACUUUCAUUAUUGAAUGAUAUUAAAUGUAAGCAAUCGAAUGAUGAAUCAGUUAAUAAUUUGGCCUUUCCAGUUCAUCACAAACAUCAAAAUGAUCGACAAUCAUCAUGUACAGAAAGUCAAAAUGAGAUUGAUCAAAUAGAUAUUGAACAAAUUAUUACCAAGGCGUACCAUGAAGCUAUUGAUAUGCUCGAUGGCUUAGAAAUAUUGAAUGUGCUGAAAAACAAACGUGUUCUCGAUUUAAAAUUAUUAAGUGAAUAUGUAUUUAAACAAUUAAAUUCUAAUUCAAAGAUGUAUGACUAUUCAUCUCAACGAAGUAAUAUGGAUGAUGGUGAAUUUGAAAUAGAUGAUGAUGAUGAUGAUGAUGAUGAUGAUGAUAAUGAAACAACAGAUGAUCUUAACAUGGAUGAUGAUAAUAAUGACAGUUUUUCCUCGAAUGCUGAUUACACUGCUGAAGACGAACAAGAAGAUACUGAUAAUUCAAUAAAUACCACAAAAAAUGAGUUUUCUGGAAUAAAGAUCUGCAGUAAGGUUGAAUCUGACACAGAACAUUGUUAUUUUAAAGUUACAAUUAAUGAUGAUACAAAAUAUUUACAUAAACAAACUGCUUGUUGGUUAUUAACUGAAGAAAAAAGUAAACUAUCAAACGACCGGCUACUUCGAGUACAACAGGCUAAUAAAAAUAAAUAA